UAUCUGAGAAAAGACCAGAACUCAACACUCCCAUCAAAACAACUGUAAGAUUCUGUUCUUACUAAUAUUUUCUUUCUGUUCUUUCAUUUUCCCGAGAAAAUAUAAUUAUCGUUUCAAAACAAAGAUGUUGGCAUCGUCAGAAAACCUAGCGAACAUCGAAACGUCGACGUUUCGUUCCCUCUUCGAUGAUACUUGGAUCUCCGAAUCCUUUUCUCGCGACACACAAACUUUGACGAUAGCGUUACAAAAGUCAAUAUCCGAUUCCUGCACCGGCUCCAUCGCUUCGCCGGUGCCUGAACCGGCACCCAAACAGUACCGAACCGCCGGUCCACCGCCUACCGGGAAAGUUUCCAAACGCAAGCCUCGCGCCUCGAAGAAGUCUCGAACUACCUUUAUAGCAGCAGAUCCAGCCAAUUUCAGGCAGAUGGUACAACAGGUAACCGGAAUUGGAUUUGGUGACGGAAAGAUGACGACUGUGAGUCCGAUCCUUAAACCGGAGCCUCAAAGACCCGGCAACCGGUUACCUAACGGUACUGUGCCUGGAUAUUUACCUACGUUGGACACUUCGGCGUUGUUAUUGGAUCAUCACCAGCUGCAUGAGCAGCCAUCUUUUGACACUUUCCCGAAUUUUCCCACAUUAGAAUCCUGGAAAGUUUAGGGUUUUCCUCCCCCACCCCCCUUUUUUUCUCGAGCUGUUUCAAAUAACUUAGAAUGUAAAAAAAUCGUAAUUUUCAUAUAAGUUCUUCAUAGUUAAA